AUGGCUCGAAACUUGUCUCGCAAAAAGAUAAAACGUCUGAAAGACAUUGUCGAGUUCUACUACAAACGCUCCAAACGGAUCGUGCCCCUCUACUACCUGAUAAUCCUCAUUUCUACAAUGCUUGUCCACCUCUCACUGCCCGAAUGUUGGUGGUUUUCCAACCAACGAUACUCCCUGUCUUCCCUCUUCCUCGUCACCAAUCAUUUGAUCAUUUCCGACAGUGGCAACUAUUUUAAUGAGGUUUGUACAUAAGUGGUGUGAUGGACUGGAAACGAACUGACCGACUGCAGUUUCUGACUGACGGAUCGUCGCUCAACGCUUUCAUUCAUCUAUGGUCGUUGUCGGUCGAAAUGCAAUUUUACUUCCUUGCUCCGCUCGUUUUCUAUGGCCUACAAUUCUUGGAGAACAAAAAAGUGGUUAUAACCCUCACAACUAUUAUCGGAUGCGCAUUCUCCACCCUCCUCAAUCCACAAUUCGCCUUCAACUUUAUGCUCCUUCGCUUCUGGCAGUUCUCCGCCGGAUUCAUGGCGUUGUAUUUGCCACGUGUCACAAUCCGACAUCACGACGAUCUGAUUAUUGUCGCGCUGUCUGUCAUAGCACUUUGCAUGAUUCCAACCGAGAUUAAUGUUCUCAUCCUUCGCCCGCUUGUCACUUUUUCCACCGCUUUCAUCGUGGCUAGUAGAGCCGAGGAGAGAGACAAGAACAAGGUUUUGAUCGAUGCCACGGCGACCAAAAGUGUAGAAAGAGGGGCGUGGCCUAAUCUGAGACGCGUUUUCUGAAAAUUGCCGCAAUUCCAGCACUUUCGAUAUUUUUGUGUUUGAUAUCGACGAAAGAAGAGCACAUUAAAGAGAGAAAACAUUGAAAUUUUCGUGAAAACGCCGCGUUUGAGACGUUUUUGGCAUAUUUCGCAAUACGCUCUCCGCGGCCAAUCGCCGCCGCAAUUUCCGAAUUUUCAUACCGGCCGAUCCACGGUCUCCCAGGGCGCUAAUGCUAAACACAGUGCGCUCGUAAAUUGCGGAGUGUCGUUGUAACUUUUGAAAAUUUUCAGGUCUAAAAAUGCAGUUCAAUUCGAGUUUACGACCAUUAUUUCUAUCUUUUUGACUUGAAAAACGUCUAGAAAACAAUAUUUUACUGAUUGGAAACCGUUCUCUACAGAAUUUAGAGUUUUUCAUGUUUUUAGCGUCUUUUUCGCAUUUCGUCAAAACUUCAAACCUUUAUAUUUCAGCUCAUUUUGCAUUUCAUGAGCCCAACGAACGAUAAAAAUGUUCGCUGAAUCUUUCUUCACAAAAUUCAGGUUCCGGCGGUUAGUUUUCUUGAGCAGUUUUCGAAAACUAUUCGAAAAACAUCAAAAUCCAGGCCAAAACCUUCAAAUCGAAAUAACUCGGCUAAUUCUCAACGAUAUGCGAGAUUUCUGAUACCAAAACGUAGCUAGUGCUCGAAUUAUUCGAAUACAGGUUCCAAGCGUACAAAAAAAUAGGUGUAUUGUAUAGAACGCGAACUCCUGUUGAAAAUUAAUUUAUCGACCGCCGCGUAAAUCGACACAGCCCGCCUGUUGCAAGUGCGCCCCAUUGAAAUCAUUCGCGCCGUGGGAGACCGGCCGAUGUGGAUAGUUUUGAGACGAAGUGAGUGUCGGAAGUGAUUAAGCACUGGUAAUACAAGUAUUUUAAGCGUUCAAACGGCAAAAAGUGUCGGCGAAUGACUGAAAUUCGCGCAUUUUCAGCACAAAACUUGAAAAUCGAUUCAAUCGAUUGAUUUCUGAAUGAAACCUGCUCGUUUUAAGCUCAAGAAAUGCGCGCGAUGAUUAGUUUAACAAAGUUAAUAUGCAAUUACAUCGUCGAAAUCGUUCAAAAUGCGGGUAAUUUUUGAAAAAAAACAUGAAAAAUUGGGUUAAAUUUCGAAUUUCGCGCCAAAAUGGUGAUAACGCUAGGCCACGCCCCUUUCUACGUUUUUGGUCGCCGUGGCUAUGAGAAAAAGACAAUAUCUGAGCUUUUAACACAAUUUAUCGGGACCUUGAAGGGUUUAGACCGGUACAUGAAAUAGGUCAAGAUAAUAGAAAACGGUUCAGUUUCUACAAUGCUAUCCUCUAGUAUUCUUGGGAAACAUUUCGUAUGUCGUCUACCUGGUCCACUGGCCGAUUAUCGUAAUCUACACUGGCACCGCUCUCAGGAAUCAGUUUUUCUGUGUGGGUAAGUAUUCUCGUCUUUACGGUAUCUACAAACUAUUCAGUGACCGCCCUGAUAUCAUCGAUCCUCCUACAUCAUUUGUUCGAGAAACAUUACCUAACAAGACUAGGCACCCGACCUAUCAUCCUUCUCAUUCUCGCCCUUUUCACUGCCAACCUCUUUCUUCAGUUCAGUGUCCGAGCGCACACUUUUUGGAAGCCAAAAUACACCAAAGACGUUCAAGAUAUUGUCGAUCGAAACAUGCGACUUCUUGAGCGGUCAUGGUCGGUCCGAGAUGAUACGUGCAUUGGAGACAAACUAGAGUACCCGAACAUCGAUGUGUUAGCCUAUUGCCACUAUCCGAAAGGCCUUGGAAACGUGUCAAUUAUGAUGAUGGGAAAUAGUUACGUUCAAAACUUUGACGAUCCAAUCCGAGCUCAUUUUCACAACAACUACUCGGAUUACAGGUCUUAUGCGAUAUUGUGUACGUGUUUGCCGCAAUGAAUUAUUCGAUUUGUUAUUUAAUAGUGAGCAUUCAGCAAACCUCGGCACUCAUUCAGUGAGCUCCGCUUCUAGAAUCGCUUUGGAAAUGAGUUGGAACGAGGUGGCCAAGCACAAACCCGAUGUUCUUUUUAUUGUGGCCAGGGAAUAG